AUGGAGCUGUCGGAAGCAGUGCAGUGUUUUUUACAUUCUAUCACCCGAGUGAAUCACAAAAUGGAGCAAACAUCUCGCAGUCCAGUCUCUAUUCACCACGUCACCACCAGCGUCUCUAUUCCGAUGGGGGUCCGAGUUCAGCUCCAGGUCUACAAACGACAGACCAAUCACCAGGAUGAUACAGCCACACGGGGCAUUAGUGGUAAUCCAGAAGUCUACUCUGUCCAGGAGUUGGGACGAGGUGGCCGAGACUCAACGCGCGUUGAACAGAUAAUCGAACAGUUUGAGUCUGCUGGCCCUGAGGUCGGUCAGGCUAAUUUGAACACCUCAACCUUGGUUCUUUGUCAAGUUCUUGGAAAAAGCCACAUCACAUGGACUCCACCAACGACUCCUUCGUUGGGUCUAAAACCUCUCAAAGAGAUCCGAAAACUUCUGGAAGAAGCAGAUGAUGUCAAUCUUGACAGGACCACCUCUGAUUUCAACACAAAGUCUUCAUUGAGGGAUCCAUCCAUCACCUCUCCAGCAAUGAGCCAGAGUUUCCGAGACUCUUUAAAGUCUGGUGCUUCAAACAGCAGUCUCUGUUUUGAUAAUGGAAGAGACCACUCUUCAGAACUGAACUCAAUCCUCUCCAUUGUGUCCCCAGGCUCUGUGAAGUUGAAAUUGGCUGGUCAGCCCACUCCAACAGAUGGUGAUCUCAGUGAAGAGGACCGCAGGCGAAUUGAGGAGAUCAAGAGAGAGCUGCUGGAUCAUGCAAAGGGAGCAGAGAAGAGUCGCCAACACUCAACUUUCGAGCCUGGUCCUUCAAGAGGCAGUGAACACUUUAGAUUGCAGCUGACCCCAUCGCCUCAACUUGACCAAUACCAUGUCACAGAUGCUCAGGACUCAUCAGAGGACCACAUAAUUCCACUACCUGCAUCUACCAGGUGUGGAUCUUCUGAUGUCCAUCCAAGCUCUAUGACUGUUGGGAAUAUUAAAGCCGUGGCAACUGUUACCUUACAGUCUGAUGAGCCUACGUUGAUCUCCAGUCAACUUCAACAAGGUUUAAUACCAGACCUUCACACUCCAUUAGCUGAUAGAUCUGCUUCUGAUCUGGACAAAAAAACUGCAUAUGCCAAUAAAUAUGGAGAAGAGGCCACAAAACCAAUAGCUUCUAUCACAUUUUCCUCACGAAAGCGUUCCUCCCCUCUCCCUACUUCUACCAGACUUGAAACUGCUGAAUUGUCAUCUGCUACAAGACAUUUUGACUAUGCUAAGUCACUUGCUGACCCAUACGACAAAGACAGGCCACGUGCUGACCCAUACGACAAAGACCGGUCAUGUGCUGACCCAUAUGACAAAGACAGGUCACGUUCUGACCCAUACAACAAAGAUCGGUCAUAUGCAGACCCAUACGACAAAGACAGGCCACGUGCUGACCCAUUCGACAAAGACCGGUCAUGUGCUGACCCAUAUGACAAAGACAGGUCACGUUCUGACUCAUAUAACAAAGAUUGGUCAUGUGCUGACCCAUACGACAAGGGCAGGUCAGGUGCUGACCCAUACGACAAAGACCAGUCAUGUGCUGACCCAUAUGACAAAGACAGGUCGCGUGCUGACCCGUACGACAAAGACAGGUCGCGUGCUGACCAGUACGACAAAGACAGGUCGCGUGCUGACCCGUACGACAAAGACAGGUCGCGUGCUGACCCGUACGACAAAGACAGGUCGCGUGCUGACCCGUACGACAAAGACAGGUCGCUUGCUGACCCGUACGACAAAGACAGGUCGCGUGCUGACCCAUACGACAAAGACUGGUCAUGUGCUGACCCAUAUGACAAAGACAGGUCGCGUGCUGACCCGUACGACAAAGACAGGUCGCGUGCUGACCCGUACGACAAAGACAGGUCGCGUGCUGACCCGUACGACAAAGACAGGUCGCGUGCUGACCCGUACGACAAAGACAGGUCGCGUGCUGACCCGUACUACCAAGACGGGUCACGUGCUGACCCAUACUACCAAGACAAGCUACAUGCUGACCCAUACUACAGCUAUAAGCCACGUGCUGACCCAUAUGACAAAGACAAGUUACAAACAGACCCAUACUACAAAGAUAAGCCAGGUGCUGACCCACAUGACAAAGGCAGGCCACGCGUUGACCCAUACUACAAAGACGGGCCUCCUGCUGACCAAUACGACAAAGACAAGUCACAAGCAGACCCAUACUACAAAGAAAAGCCAUGUGCUGACCCAUACGAAAAAGAAAAGCCACAUGUUGACCCACAAUAUAAAGAAAAACAACUUGCUGACCUUCUUUACAAAGACCAUCAACCUUCUGAAACCAGCAGAUCAAAUUGUAUCCAAUGUCCAUCGCCAAUGCACAAUAUGAUGCCUCAAAAUCCCACCAUUUUAAAUCUUACCGAUAACGGUGGAGUUCCUAGUCAGAGCAAAACUGUUGUUUCUGAACACAGAGGACAGUCGGAGGUAUUUAAACCAGAUCCCUCAUCAAUGGUGGUCAGAAACUCUUCAAUGAAUGAGGACAGUUUUGUUCCACCAGUUGCAAGACCAAGUAAGCCUAUAGGUCUUCAGGAGGAUAUUGCUGGUCCUAGCCUCAGUGCCUUAGUAGCAGGACGUCCAAUGAUUGAACUACCUCCGCAAAUAUUGAAUGUUAGUACAAAGGAAUGGAAUAUUUAUCCAGAACCAAUUUUUACUGCAAAGAUUCAAAGAGAUGGAACUCAUGAAUUCCCUUCACAGGAAUUAAAAACAGAACCAACUUCUCCAACCCGGAAGGCUCUUUCCUGCAUCCGAGUGACCAUCUCUCCAAAAGAAGACCUGAAUAUAUCUUCUGUAAUGAUGGCAACAGGGACAGGUGAUGAUGCACAGACGUUUAGAUCAUCAUCUGCAAUGGCAAAGAACGAGCAUGUCUCAAGUCAUGGCCUGGCAUCUGUCCCAGGCAGUCCCUACUUCCUACAUUCUCCUCCUAGCGCAAGUCAAGGAGAGGGUAGAAGCAACAGUGAAGGUAAUGUCUACAUGGAAGAUAAAGAGAACAUUCCAGACAAAACAGCCACGAAGAAGCAAAGACAAGUGCCAUUGUAUGAUGCCACUACACAGAUAACAACAGAAAGUCCAGAGAAGACCACCUUUUCUGCCGAGAUUUACAUUGAUGGUUCAUUGAAAGAAGCCUCCAGCUCUACUGUCGUACAGACCCAGAAGACUCCAGAGGGGCGGUCACGCACCCCUUUCUUCUCAAUUUCCCGAGCAACUGAUCAGCCUUUGUUGCUGCCAUACAGACCACCUGGAAGCCCAGAAUUGUUCUAUACACCAGCUAUGAAUGGCGGUUCUAGGAUGUCUCCCGUCAGCACUAUUGAGAGCUCCCACCCAGGCUCCAAUGAUGCCGUUUCACCAAAGUUCCCAGCCGAAGUUUUGGGCUCCGCCGCAGAGAAGAUCUCUGACACCUCCAUCCCCCACCACAGUGAUGGCAUCUACAGCAAGGAUCAAAGUCCGAAGACCGCAUGGGAGGAGCGUGCAACAGAGAAGAGGAAGACGCCGGUCACAGAUUUAGGACCAUUUCACGAUGACAAUAAAGCAUCAUACUGCAGUCUCCAGCACAAAGUCUCCCGUCCUGAGCCAGUAUCAAAAGACUUUCAGAGAGAGAGAAAAGACCCGCGUUCAGCACGGGAGGACGAGGAGUUUUUUCCAUUGAAACCGGAGGUUGAUUUUGCUCCAGCACAACAGUCAAGUAUGGGAUCACUAAAGAAAACUGGCCAUCAUGACAUCACUGAUUAUCCUAGAAGACGAGACCAGCAGGAACAGACACGUGGCACUCCACUUCAUUCACCCAAUGGCAGUUGGGACUUCAAAGUUGGUGUGAGAGAAAAACACGUGCGGUAUGAAGAUCGUAGCUUCUCUAGUGAUCAACCCACCAAUCCCACCAAGAGUUUCCAAAAGACAGAGUCCACGCUAAGUCAAAGCGCCAUCUCCAACCACAGCCUAGAUGACCUCUGGGCACGAUAUACCGACCGGCGGAGAAGCCAUUUGUCAGAAUCGAAUAACAAUCUGGAGGUCUCCCUGGUUGAGCGGCUGGACCGUCUCGCUAGACUUCUACAGAAUCCAAAGCCAUACUCGGCUACAAAAGAUGACAAGGAUGGAGAACAAGUCCUAAAGGUCAACAAGAAAGACCAUGAGAAAAGUCGAGAGACCAGAAAAGAAGAGAGGGAGAAAUUCUAUCUUCGAAAAUUUGGAGUUGAUGCUCGGCCAGUUAAUGGGACUUCAGAAAACCAAGAUGGCUCCGUAAGCCGGUUAUCGGAGAGCGCUUCUUCUGAGAGGGUUCUUCGUGGUGACUCGUAUUCUGAUUUCUCCUCUGAGGUAAGGAGUAGUGCCACAGAAGAGAGCGCCGGUGGGUCAGAAGCUGCCACUCAAACAGAUAGUGCAUCAACGUUUACCACCAAUAGUACCAUAUCCACUAUAGACACUGUCAGACUCAUCAAUGCUUUCGGACCAGAGAGGGUUCGACCUUCUUCAAAGCUCUCACGGCUAUACAACACUAUCGACCUCCAGAAGAAACGCUCAGAAGGGACCUCGAAAAAAGCCAGCCGGUUGUCUGCAAGUCGGGGACACUCCACGAUGGAGAUAAAAGAUCUUCAUAAAAGCCUCAAUAAGAUGGCAGAUACAGACUCCGUCUCUUCGGGCAGCUUGUGGGAACCGGUGAUGAGGAGCAAAAAGGGCUGCAAAGUGCUGAACAAAGGCAUCCAGACAGGGGAUCUGGAAAUUGUGACCAGUGCCACCAAGAGACACACCCGAGAUGUUGGAACAACAUUCCCGUCCCCGGGAGGAGAGAUGCUGAAGCCUUCGGCGGAGCGGGAAAUGCCUGCACACAGCGGCAGCGGUGUCAGAAGACCAAAGACCAAGCAGUAUAUUCCACCGGGGCUGAGCUGGUUUGUCCCAGCUGAUGGUACGAAGUGUGACUCUCCGAAGGAGAAUAAGCUAAGCGGUCCCGGCCCCGCCUGGUACGAGUCCCCGCCAAACGCCAAACCGUGGAGAGAACCGCUGCGGGAGAGAAACCAACAGGGCCCAGCCAUCAGAAGAGGGGAGAGCCUGAAUGUCGGAUCAGAGCCUGGCAAAGAUAAUAAAAUGGUCCAGCCGUUUGUCAGGGCCACUCUACAGGAGUUACUGAAGGCUCACCGGCCGGAUUUCAUCUUCCAAUCGGGGGAGAGGGUGAAACGUUUACAGCUGCUCACCAAGGAGAGGAAACUGCAGGACAUCUUCCAGAGUGAGAGAGAAGCACUCUUCAACCAACCAGAGAGAAGAGGGAGGCACCCCUACCACACUUCAUAUAAAGAAUCCAGAACAUCCCAGAAGAUGAAGAACAUCCCCCGGGGUGAGAUGGUUAAGAGAUCCAAGAGGAUAUACGAGCAGCUUCCAGAAAUAAAGAAGAGGAAGGAGGAGGAGAAGAGGAGGUCGGAGUAUGAAACGUACCGGCUGAAAGCUCAGCUCUUCCGCAAGAAAGUGACCAACCACAUCCUGGGCAGGAAGACCCCCUGGAACUGACCUCCGGAGGAACCCCGCUCCUCAUCCUCACCGCAGUUUGCCUUAAUCCCUCUUAUGUGAAUCUAGAACCCGGCACAACGUCUGUCUGUUUUUAUCACUGUGACCCGAGAGUUUCUACAUUAUUUAUUGGUGUGUAGGUUGUACAUGUAUUUAUAACACAAUGUAUUUUUCUAAGAAUGUAGAGGAACGUUUUUUUUAGUUUUUCUAUUUUUAAUAUUUGUUUAAAAACAGAUUUAAUUUAAAAUGUUACUUAAAACCGAAGUGCAAUGUUAGAAUGUAACGCCUCCUCCCCGGGGUUCUCUUACUCCCUUCCUAAUUAACACGCAAUAAAACAUUUUUUAUCAAUAA